UUUUUAGAUCUCCAACUGAAAUAUUAAGACCGUCAAAUGUGACGGUGUCAAAGUCUAGUGCACUUUUGAAUUUAUAAUGUACAGACAUUUUUGCACAAUUUGUUUUCCAAAUCUACUGACAUUAAGAAGAAGUCACAAUUUGUAAAAAUAAAAUAAAUAAAAUAUGGAAAUGUAGCAAAAAACGCUUUCUUCGAGUAAACUCGCUUUCAAUUUUUGCAAAGUGCAUGAGCUAUACUUAAGGAAAUGUUUGGAAGGAGCUUUUAUGAUUAGCACUGUAACAAAUAGAGAGAAUAAGCAUUUUAAGAAACAUUUCACAGGGUGAUUUGAAGGAAACGUGUUCUCAUUGAAUAAAAAUAUUUGAUUAAUUUAUGUAACUGCAAGAUUGUUAAUCAGCGAAAUAUAAACAAACAGAUAUUACCCUUUUUUCAGUUAAUCAAUGAUAUAUUACUUAAAUAACGUAGGUUUAACUUCAUAUAUGUAUUUAUUAUUGGUCGUAGUAGUCAUAAUAUGGCAGAAUUAUUUCGAUACAAUUUUUUAUUAGUUCCUAGUGGCAUCUCAUUCAGUAAAAGAAAUGUUUACUUCGUCGCUGGCCUAUCUAAAUAUUCAAUCGCAAAAAUGGAAAUUUUACUCGCAAAUGUUAAUAACAUAGAUUUUAAAAUUGAACGGGAUUUAAUUGAACAAAUUGGUGCUGUUGCUUUACCAUUUUUCGGAAUGGACAAAUCCAUGGCUGCCGUUUGUCAGUUUGUGAGUACUCAAAAUGGUUUGGAGUGUGAGAAAGGCUCAUCCUGUCCCUUUCGACAUAUAAGAGGAGAUAGAACUAUAGUGUGCAAGCACUGGCUAAGAGGAUUAUGUAAAAAAGGAGAUCAAUGUGAAUUCUUACAUGAAUAUGAUAUGAAAAAAAUGCCAGAAUGUUACUUUUACUCUCGAUUUAAUGCGUGUCAUAAUAAGGAAUGUCCCUUCCUUCAUAUUGAUCCGGAAAGUAAAGUAAAAGAUUGUCCAUGGUAUGAUCGGGGCUUUUGUAGACACGGACCGCAUUGCAGACAUCGUCACGUACGUCGUGUACUUUGUAGUAAUUACUUGGCAGGCUUUUGUGAAAAUGGUUGGAAUUGUAAAUUUAUGCAUCCCCGCUUCGAACUGCCACCAAUUUCAGAUACGACAAAAGAAAUUUUGCUUAAAAAGGUGCCAACUUGCCACUUUUGUGGGGAACUUGGACAUAAAGCUUCGGCGUGUAAAAAAAAUCCCGAUGCUAACGAAAGUAUUGAAAACCGUUUCAAAUUUAAUGGCUUCCAAAAACAAAAUCAAGCGUAUAGCUUUAAAGAAAACACAGAAGGUAAAAAUGGAACUGAGCAUGUUUCGUCAAGCAAUAACUUUACAAAGGUACCAAAGCCUUUAGAUGAAAUCACUUGCUAUAAAUGUGGAAAUAAAGGGCACUAUGCAAAUAAAUGCCCUAAAGGCCACUUAGCGUUUUUAUCUAAUCAGAGAAGUCACAAAUAAAGAAAUUAGCAAUGAAAUAAGCAAUUAUUUCAAUCAUAGUUAGUAUACAAUAUUUUUAACGCCAAUUAUGUAUUGUGUGGGAAAGAAUUUUUAAUUUGUAAAUAUACGCAGUUACAGAGUUAUGACCUAGUCGAAUGUACUUGCAUGGAUGUUUUCGUACUAUUCAAAAUUUCAUUGUUCAUACUAAAAAUAUAGUCGAUGCAUUCUCAAAUAAUGAAAAAGGUUAAAUAAAAGUUUAUGAAGAUAUUGCGGCUACAAUUGUAAAAAUAUUCACAUUAGAAUACUUUGUAUUUUUAUGCCUCACCCUAUAAAAACCAAAGAAGAAGGAACUCUAUGAAUUUUACUUCAUAUUUUUAAUGAUGCUUGCAACAAAAAGUUCUAUUGCGUUUAAAUAUAUAUAUUCGCGAAUAAUAGUGACAAAAAAUAUUUCAACAAAUAUAAAGGUAGGAAUUUAUUCGGUUUCUUGACUUUAAAUUUGGCCUUCGUCAUAGUUAAUUUUUAAAAUUAAUAAAUGAGGUGCAUUUCUAUAGCCCAAUAAUAUGUAUAAUACAAUUGUAAAAUGAAAAGUUAAAACGCACACGCACGAAAAAGUCAAAUAAACCAGUUUUCCACACGCAAAGAAACUGAAUACUUCCUUAUUCAAACGGAAGCAAGAAUCUGCAUUAAACCUUUCAAUUGAUGCUUGGGAGUUUAAAAGUUCAAAUUACUAAUUAAAAGAUAGUUUGAAAAAGUUUAUUAAAUACCAAUAAAAUCAAAUUAAAAAUUU